AUGUCAUACAUUGGAGCCAAUGUUUUUGUGACCGGAGCCAGCCGCGGCAUCGGACUUGGCCUGAUUCAACGUUUGGCCGCUCGUUCCGAUGUCCAACGAGUUUUUGCUGGAGCGAGAACACCUGAGAAAGCUGAAGUAAGGUCUUGUUUAUGUUAUUAGAAGUCAGUUAUCUGUUUAUCGUUGCAAAAAGUUUAUGAUUGAUAUUAUUUUAUAUAUUACACUGGAUGGGUUGUGUAAUAUUGUUUUCGAUGAUUUUUUGGGGGGGGGGUUGGGUAAAAAGAGUUGGGAAAUGAAAUUUUUAAAUAAACGAUUGUUGUCAAGGUAAUGAUAGAUAAAAUACGUUAGAAAAUCUUUGAUAUAUUUUAUUUCGCGGAUAUAUUUCACUUGACAUUGUCUAGUAUAACAUUGAGUUUUUGGUCCGUUUUCAUUUUUGGUAAAAUAUCGUAAAAUACGUUGGUGAAAUGCGUACUUUAAAUAUGAUUGUGAAGCUACUUUUACUAAAAACCUAGUCUAAAUUUUUAUGUUUUUCAUUGAUUUUACUCUUGCAAGAGCUCUUGAUAACGAAUGCCUUGUAAAACAUCAAGCUUUGGCUUUUUUAACUAUUAACUUUUAGCUCAAUGCUUUUGCAAAUAAUUUUUAUUUAUAUCUACGAUAUUUUUGAAAGCAAAGUUUUGGCCUAAUUGGAAAGAUUUGUAACAAAUUUUGAAAUACAUCAACCUGUGUCUAUGAUAAUAUAUUUGUUAUUAAAAGUUGUUUUAAAAUCACAUUUCUAAAAUUUAUUUACGAAUUCUUAAACUAAUACAUUUUUAGAAGCUUCAAGAAAUAGCCAAAUCCAACGAAAAGAUCAAAAUAGUUCAAUUCGAUUCAUUGGACGACAAGUCUAUUUAUGCUGCCGUAGAGACGGUUUCGGCUGAAGUUGGUGAUGCUGGUCUUAACUUGUUGAUCAACAACGCUGGUAUCUUCCAUUCUGAUGAUACCAACAUUUUGGAGCCAAAACGGGAUGCUGUUCAGUUGGUUUUUAACACUAAUGUCACUGGAGUCGCUAUCAGUCAGGCCGUAGGUUUAUAAAUUGAUGUCUAAUGUGAUAAAUUGGUGUAAAUGGACUUAAAAUGGCCUUAAAUUAAAGUAAAGUCUAUAAUCUUUGAUGUUUUGGGUAGAAGAUAUUUUAUUUUUAAAUCUGUUCGGCUAAUUUUCGAGGAAUAUUAUAUUAUUCAUGAAAUCAGAUGGUUGAUCUUUUCCAAAUCAAAUUUUGAGUUUUUUUUUCAAGAUUAAGAUUAAUUUAAAUGAUUACAAAAAGGUUUCGGACUCUCUUCCUAACAUUUUUAAUAUAAUAAACCGCAUUUUAGGCUUUUCUCCCCCUCCUAAACAAAGCUUCAACUCCAGAACGUCCAUCCAAGUUGUUAAACAUUAGUUCAGGCCUGGGAUCGAUCCAAAAGCUAGCUGAAUCCAUUCAAAUCCCUCACGGAUCGCUGGCUUAUCAUUCUUCAAAAUCCGCUCUAAAUGCCAUUACCAAAAACUUGGCCAAAGAUGCGGGUGGUCAGAAGAUUAUCGCUUUGGCCAUGUGCCCAGGAUGGGUUCAGACUGACAUGGGAGGAGCUAAUGCUCAGUUGAGUGUGGAAGAGAGUACUACUGCUAUUGUGGAAACUGUAUCUAAGGCUACAAAGGAUUGGAGUGGAAAGUUCAUUGACAGAAAUGGUGAAACCAUCCCUUACUAG